UAAUAGUAGUCUGGAUUAGAUCUACCUGUCUUUUUCUCCUCGUUCAAUAUAGUACUAAAUUGUAUAGUACGACGGGAACCAGACUACGUGUAAUAGUUCCUACCCGUGACGUCAUCGAAGCAUUGGAGGCCAAAAGACAAAAUGGAGAAGUUUAUGUGGAAUUUGGCAGUUCUUGUGUGUUUGGCUUUAUUUGGGCUCAGAGAUGCUUGGGCAGCAGGCUUUGAUGAAAUAUGUUCAGACUUUAUCACAUGUACUGGAUCUAAUGUGGAGUGCUCAUCCUCGACUAGUCUUUGUUCUUGUACAGCAGGUUAUUCAAAACAAAAUGGUGUCUGUGUAGCUGAUGGAACACUCGGAGGAUUCUGUUCAGAUACAACUGCCUGUUCUGGAACUAAUGUAAAAGCAUGUGUAACGGCUGAUGCAGUGUGUGUAUGUGAAGAUACUUUCACAGCAUAUAAUGGAAAAUGCGUUGCUGCAAAUGCACUAGGAGGAACCUGUUCUGUUGAUGGUAAUUGUACAAGUGAUUCUAAUCAAGCAUGUACAAAUGGGAUUUGUGCUUGUAAGAGUGGUUUUACAGAUACUUCAGGAACAUGUAAAGAAACAGGAAAGUUGGAGGCUGCUUGUUCAACUGAUGCCGACUGCAGCAAAGUAACUAAUGCAGUUUGUACAUCUGAUGUCUGUGCCUGUGGAACUGGGUAUACAGCAGAUUCUGGUGCAUGCAAAAUAACUGAUGGAACACUAGGAGGACUCUGUUCAGAUACAAUACCCUGUAAAGGAACUAAUGUAAAAGCAUGUGUACCUGCUGAUGCAGUGUGUGAAUGUGAAGAUACUUUCACAGCAUACAAUGGAGAAUGUGUUGCUGCAAAUGCACUAGGAGGAAGCUGUUCUGCUGAUGGUGAUUGUACAAGUGAUUCUAAUCAACAAUGUAACAAUCUCCAUUAUGGGAUUUGUGUUUGUAAGAGAGGUUUUACAGAUAUAUCAGGAACAUGUAAAGAAACAGGAAAGUUGGAGGCUGCUUGUUCAACUGAUGCCGACUGCAGCAAAGUAACUAAUGCAGUUUGUACAGCUAAUGUCUGUUCCUGUGGAACUAGGUACACCGCAGAUUCUGGUGCAUGCAAAAUAACUAAUGGAACACUAGGAGGACUCUGUUCAGAUACAAUACCCUGUAAAGGAACUAAUGUAAAAACAUGUGUACCUGCUGAUGCAGUGUGUGAAUGUGAAGAUACUUUCACAGCAUACAAUGGAGAAUGUGUUGCUGCAAAUGCACUAGGAGGAAGCUGUUCUGCUGAUGGUGAUUGUACAAGUGAUUCUAAUCAACAAUGUAACAAUCUCCAUUAUGGGAUUUGUGUUUGUAAGAGAGGUUUUACAGAUACAUCAGGAACAUGUAAAGAAACAGGAAAGUUGGAGGCUGCUUGUUCAAUUGAUGCUGACUGCAGCAAAGUAACUAAUGCAGUUUGUACAUCUGAUGUGUGUGCCUGUGGAACUGGGUAUACAGCAGAUUCUGGUACAUGCAAAAUAUCUGAUGGACUAUUAGGAGGGACGUGUACUGUAGACGGUGAUUGUAGUGGUGAUAAUCAGGCAUGCAGUGCAGAUAAAGUGUGUGUGUGUGCAGCCGACAAUACACUGUACAACGGUGCCUGUGUACAUGAUGGAACACUUGGAGGAUUAUGUUCAGUGUCAGUUGCAUGUGCUGCAAACUCUAAUCUAAAGUGUUCCAGUAGGGUUUGUGCAUGUAAAAAUGGAUAUACACCAAAUAGUGGCAGCUGUGUUGUCACCCCAGGAUUGCUAGGUGCUGCAUGUUCCUCUCAAGUCACAUGUUCUGGAUCUGAUCAAUCAUGUACAUCUAAUGUGUGUGUAUGUACAGGUCAACACACGGCAUAUAAGGGUGCCUGUGUAGACGAUGGAAAACUUGGAGGAGCCUGUGAAACAAAUGAUAAUUGUAAAGUGGCUCACACAGAGUGCAAUAGCAAAAUUUGUGUUUGUACAGCAGGAUACGAGGGGGUUGGCACUGCAUGUUUAACUGAAGGAACCCUCGGAACAGUAUGCAAAGAAGAUGGACAUUGUACAGUUAGUCAUUCAACAUGUGAUACAACUGAUGGAGUUUGUGAGUGUGUAAAGGGCCGUACUGCCUACAAUGAUGGUUGCUUUGUUGGAGGUGCUGCUGUCCCAGAAUUUAACCGGACAUUGUACUUGUUCCUUUCAGCACUGAUGCUGAUCUUAUGCAGCAUGUUUUAG